AUGGUGCUCUCGCUGCCGGUCCCCAGCUUCUCCAGAUCCUCCGCAUCCCCCCCACGCCCCGCCGACGGCAGCGUGCCCGCAUCACAAACCCGCCGUCACCGCGAUUCAGCUUCCACUCCCUCAGCCAGUUCUUCCUCCACCCGAGCCUCCUGGAAACCGGCUGUUCUGGGUGGUAGCCCAUCCGCUCAGAGUAGCCACUCCAUCACCCUAAGCGAGGCGUUACGAAAUAACCCGUUUGGCAGUCCUUUGCGCUCGUCUCGGUCUAAUCAGGCACCGAUAAACGAUACACAGGAAUAUAAGCGGGACCAGGAGGAGUUGAAUGCUGCUCUCGAAGCACUUGCUCGUAUUUUUCCGGAUGUGAAGAUCGAAGUGUUCCGAGAGUUACUUCUCCGCUUCGAUGGAGAGAGUAGGCUGCAUGUUUGCGUUGAGCAGCUUCUUCGACACAAAAAAGACUGGGUUUCCGGAAGAUGGAAUACAUCGGAUGAAAGUGGUAACUCGGAAGAGGAGGAUCCGGACGACCGGGCUGGUUGUACUCACGAUGCCCUCCCGGAAGGAGGUCUCGUGCCGAUCGAAGAACGGUUCCGGUCCGACGAAUACAAGGCUGCAGUACGAGUGACGCUGGCAAAGGAGUUCAAUGGCCUGAGUAAAAGUACUCUCGAAGGUGUUUUGGCUGAAGUGAAUUUCAGUUACCUGCGAGCACGACCAAUAUUGCGGGACCUUGCGCGGCGAACGUGGAGGGCUACAUUCAAUAGUAUGUUGCCCUCGUUCAGAAGAAAGAAAGACCGCGAGGAACAUCCUCUUGUUACGUGGCAGCGUCGGCCGGACGGAGUACUUGUGCCGAGGCUGAAAGAUACUGGAUGCGUUGAGCUGGAUGGCGAGUUAUAUGCGACACUCGUGAACCCGGUGCUGCAGCAAAAGCUUGAGGAGCAGGAGACUGUUGAUUUUCAGUUCGCCUCGGACCUGAAUGAACAAGAAGCUAAAGCGGCAGAUGCCUUAUAUGAGUGCGAAUGCUGCUUCGCCGACGUGACUUUCGAGCAGAUUGCAACUUGCUCGUCGAAUGUCCAUAUAAUUUGUUAUAAUUGUAUCCAGCGGACUACUCAUGAAGCCCUCUUCGGUCAAGGUUGGGGAAAAUCCGUGGAUUUAGAGCACUCGACACUAAAAUGCCUUGCUCCGCUAUCUGUUGGCGCCUGUGAGGGUUGUCUUCACCCGCAAAUUGUGCGUCAGGCAAUCUUGCUAGAGCCAGCUGGGGCCGAGACAUAUCGCAAAUUUGAAGACCGUCUAGCGUCUGAAUCGUUGCUGAAAUCACAGCUUAAGCUCAUUCGCUGCCCAUUCUGUUCUUAUGCGGAAGCCGACCCCGUAUACCACCCUUCAACUCGUGGCAUAGGCUGGCGGGUUCGUCGUGAUGGCGGUAUUAUUCCUACCAUCUUGAUGACCCUUCUCCUACUCGACCUUGUUCCGUUACUUGUGAUACCCUUCCUAAUCCUCCUUCUAUUUAAUCCCUCCUCUGUAGCGGCCAUACUAAAAAACUCUAUCCGCAACCUUUGCCUCAAGCUUCGACCCAAGAGAUUCAAAUGCUCCAACCCCACAUGCGCACGGGUCAGCUGUAUGACAUGUCAGAAAGCCUGGCGAGACCCCCAUGUCUGUCAUGAGCCAUUGCUUCUCGACUUACGCGCAACUGUCGAGGCAGCCCGCACCUCGGCCGUCAAACGGACCUGUCCUCGCUGCAGCCUCUCCUUCGUCAAGUCCUCGGGCUGUAACAAACUCACCUGUGUCUGUGGGUACUCAAUGUGCUACCUCUGUCGCAAAGCGCUCGGAACUCCCGUCAGACCAUCACAGGCCAACCGUGACGGCAGGCGGCGUCAGAUUGACAUAGAUCGAAACGAUAUCCCUGCUGGGGGCUUUGACGGUGCAUUAGACGAUGAAGACUUUGACGACGAGGAAUUUGAAGAGCCAGAAGGAUACAAACACUUCUGCGAGCACUUCCGUAUUAAUCCUGGCUCCCGCUGCACCGAAUGCACUAAAUGUGACCUCUACCAGGCCGAAGAUGAGGAGGCUGUCGCGCGUCGGGCUGGAGAAAAGGCCGAGCGUGAAUGGAUGACCCGCCAAGGAAGUGAUCCGAAUUCAACUGGCUCUGCAGUUGCCUUGGGACUUCGCAAUGUCAACCAGGACCUUUCAGCUGGAACUGAAGGCAAUCCUGCUACUCGCCGUGUAUCAGCGUCCCCAUGGGAUCUGCAUCUAAGCACGGGAAAACCAUGGGGCUACUGGUUCAGCGAUGUUUGGCUAGAUGGAGGAUGGAGAUUAGAAGGGCAGGCUCUAGUAGACUGGAUCGUGGAGCGAGUAGUUGUGAUCGAAAAUCUGUGA